UUUUUUCUUUUAGACGUCAUGUUCCUCUCUUUCAAACAAAUUCAGUGCCGGUGAAUUUUCUCCUCUACAAAAUUUGGCACCGGUAGAAAAAAGAAAAAUCUCUCGAAGAGGAGAAAUUUGGUUAGUGAAGUGGGGAAAUGGCAAACGCAAAUAUGCUUUGUAAUUCCGCUAAGAUUCUUGGAUUUCCUCUUCCGAUAGCAAGCAAGGGUAGAUGGGCAAGAUUUGGUUGUACAUUUUGGCAUCAUCCAUUCGAGGGUUCUUUCUUCUUCAACUCGUUGCAUUCCAAUUGUAGCUCUACUACUGCAAAUUCAGUAUGGAAUGGCAAAGAGUAUUUAGUUUUGUCCGACGAAGAGCUGAUGAAACAGUGCGAAAUGGAUACGUUCAAGGCGUCAGGCCCCGGUGGUCAGCACCGCAACAAGCGCGAGUCUGCUGUUCGUUUGAAGCACAUUCCCACUGGUAUCACUGCUCAGGCUGUCGAGGAUCGAUCGCAGCAUAAGAAUCGAGCGAGUGCCUUAGCUCGUCUACGUGCUUUCUUGGCCCUAAAAGUCAGGAACCCUGUGGAUCUUGAAGAUUAUUCCCCUCCUCCAGAGCUUCUUCAAAUUCUCCCUCUUAAGUCCACUAUUAGGCCCCCGGAAUGUGGCCCUCAAAUUGGUCCCAAGAAUUCUAAGUUUCUGCCGGGCAUGCAAGCUCUACUGGAUCUAAUUUCCACACUUGAUGGUUCUGUAUCAGACACAGCUAAGCUUUUAGGGUUAACCACUGGUGCUCUUUCAAGGUUAAUCCUAUCCGAUGAUGCUCUUAGAAUGGCUGUAAAUGAUAUCAGGAUUUCCAAGGGCAUGAAGCCUCUCAAGUAGAAGUCAAAGUGAAUAAUAACUUUAGCGGUAAUUGGUAUGUAUUACCUCCUUUAAAGGCAGAAGUUUAAAUCUCCCUACUCACUGUUAGCCUCCAAAGUAGAAAGAGGGAAGGUGAAUGACUUGUGACCGUAGACACUAUGCAAGCAACUGUAUUUAUUCCAUUGUAGACGUGGUCAUAGUUCAACUGCUCAAAGAAUUACAUACCUCUUUGAAGAUCAGAGGUUUGAAUCUCCUAUCUUGUUGUUAAACUCAUAACAAUAGGAUGAGAGCACAAAGAUGCAAGGUAAUUAACUCAUCAAAGUUGAAGAUGCUUUCACUUAUUACUAUUUUGUGUUACUGUAAUUUUUAAACUAGAAAAACAUCAAUUUGAAUGUGCUAAACAACAAAGAGUUCUACUUUGAUUGCUCUACUGUUGUCAAUUCCCUAAUCUUGGAUAAAUAUUGUUAUCUUUUAUCUUAAACCUUGAAUGAUGCAUUGUAAUAUUUACUUUCUAU